AUGAGGCUCCGAAAUGGAACUGUGGCCACCGUGUUAGUUUUCAUCACCACUUUCCUCAGUUUGUCCUGGUACACUGCAUGGCAAAAUGGCAAAGAAAAGUUGAUUGCAUAUCAACGGGAGUUUCAUGCUUUGAAGGAGCGUCUUCGUAUAGCUGAGCAUCGCACUCUUCAACGGUCUUCUGAGCUGAAUGCUAUCUUGGAGCAGUUCAGGCGUGCAGUAGCAGAAACAAAUGGGAGUAAGAAUGCAAUGAAUAAUUUUUCAGAUGAGACACUGAAAUUGUUAAAAGAGCUAACAAGUAGAAAAUCUCUUCAAGUGCCAAAUAUCUAUUACCAUUUGCCUCAUUUAUUGAAAAAUGAAGGAAGCCUUCAACCUUCUGUGCAGGUUGGCCUUGGAAGGACAGGAGUUUCAGUACUGGUUGGCAUCUGAGCUUUGGUACUCAGAGUAUGGACCGCUGAUACUGAGCACCUUCAUAGCGGACAAGACAAAGUUUCCCCAGCAUUCUAUUUGGUUUUUGUGUUUGUGUUUUUUUUUUCCCAGACUGAUCUUGAUUAUGUGAACAGUGUUGUUGCAAGCCUGGAAAAAGAGUUUUCUACAGAGAUCAGUUCUGGCUUGGUUGAAGUAAUAGCCCCUCCUGCAACUUACUAUCCUGACUUGACAAACUUGAAAGAAACAUUUGGAGACUCAAAAGAGAGAGUGAGAUGGAGAACAAAACAAAACUUGGAUUAUUGUUUUCUUAUGAUGUAUGCCCAGAAAAAGGGGGUUUAUUACAUUCAGCUUGAAGAUGACAUCGUUGUCAAGCAGAAUUAUUUCAGCACAAUAAAAAAUUUUGCACUUCAGCUCGCUUCUGAAGAUUGGAUGAUUCUAGAAUUUUCUCAGCUGGGUUUCAUUGGUAAAAUGUUCCAGUCUCCAGAUAUCACUCUUAUUGUAGAGUUCAUAUUUAUGUUUUAUAAGGAGAAACCUAUUGAUUGGCUUCUGGACCAUAUCCUCUGGGUGAAAGUGUGUAACCCUGAGAAAGAUGCUAAACAUUGUGAUCGACAGAAAUCUAACCUACGGAUACGCUUCAGGCCUUCUCUUUUCCAGCAUGUUGGCCUCCACUCCUCUCUAGCAGGGAAGAUCCAGAAACUCACAGAUAAAGACUUCCUGAAACCAUUACUACAUAAAAUCCACGUGAAUCCACCUGCAGAGGUUUCGACAUCUUUAAAAGUCUACCAGGGGCAUACGCUAGAAAAAACCUACGUAGGGGAAGAUUUUUUCUGGGCUGUCACACCAGUUGCUGGGGAUUAUAUUCUAUUUAAAUUUGACAAGCCAGUCAAUGUAGAAAGGUACUUGUUUCACAGUGGCAAUCCGGAGCAUCCAGGAGACAUACUUCUAAACACAACUGUGGAAGUUUUGCCUUUUCAGAAUGAAGAACUGGUAUUAAGCAAAGAAACCAAAGACAAACGCUUAGAGGAUGGUUACUUCAGGAUAGGGAAAUUUGAAAACGGUGUAGCUGAAGGAAUGGUUGACCCCAGCCUAAACCCCAUUUCAUCAUUCCGGCUUUCAGUGAUACAAAAUUCAGCAGUCUGGGCAAUUCUGAAUGAGAUUCAUAUUAAAAAGAUUACAAACUGAUCAUGGAAAUCUCCUUUAGAGGAAAAAGAAAGAAUCCUUGAAAACUUUUCCUAUAAAUUCUGACAUCCUUAGCAAGUCACGAGUUGAAAAUACUGAGCAUGCACCUUAUUCCAAAUUUCUUUCAUUUUCACUUGAACUCUACCUCUUGUGAAAUCUACUGUAGAUGAGAAGAUUGUAUUGACCCCUUCUUAUCUGAUCCAUCCAGAAACUGACGCUCCACACUGAUAAUGUUCGUCUGAGGCCUAAGUUGCCCUCCACUUUAAUGUGACUUUACCAUCUUACGGUUACCGAACCCUGCUACGCUUAACCUGUACUAUUUUGAUAGUAUAGUAAUAUAGAGAAGUUGUACAUAUUGUUACAUUCCUUGAAGAAGAAAAAAAAUAUAAUUAUUGUUAAAUAUGUUUUAUGAAGGGGGUACUUUCGGAGUUCCAUUUAUUUUCUAUAACAAGAACCCUCUUUUAUAGACUGUCAGGGAUAUAUAUUAAAAAUGUUAGGGAUAUUUAAUUUAUUGAAAUAAUUUGAAAAGUACAUAUUUUUAUGCAGUAAAAUUUUAAAUUGAUAUAGGUUUUUUUAUGAAUUCUCUAGUUUAAGUUAUCUUUCUACAUUUUUUCUUUGGAGAUGCAAACAUAAAUUAAUACCAUAUUUCAAAUAUACUGCCAUGUUUAAAAAAAACGAGAUUAAGUUUCUAAAUUAUGUGGUUUUGUAUGCAGAAUCUGAAUGAUGUUCAGAGGCAUUACAGAGUUCUGAAGAGCAUUAUUCUUUGCGGCUAUGAAAUUCUACUAUGUAUAGUUUGUAGCCACAUAAAAAGCAUGUUGAAAUGUCUUGUUUCAUAUUAUGAACUAAAUCUGCAGCGAUUUUAGAUUGAAUCCAUUGCAUUUUAGAAAAAUUUUUUCGAUUCCAAACAGUUCUUU